AUGGCUUCCUGGUUCCGCGCUGCCAUCACGCUGGCUUUGGCCGCCGCUGCUUCGGCAUCUCCCAUCGCCAGGUCGAACGUGCAUGUAUCUAGAAAUGACUUUGACCUGGAAUGGUUCUCGACCAACUCCUCCCUCCCCAAGGUCUUCACCGGCGGAACCAUCCUCUCAGCCUCGAAUUACAGCCGCCUCGACAACGUCGCGUACGGCUACGGCGACGGCCCUUCCCCGCGGGACCUGAUCGGAAACGUCUCCGAAGUCCUCGACGUCGCCCAGCUGGCCGUCGUGGAGUUCCCGGCCACGAGCGGCAGCGCGGGUCUCAACUCGUCGCUCUAUCUCAACAUCAGCCAGUACGCUAACAAGCAGCUCUGUGCUGAGGAUAGUGACAUCGCGGGGGUCAUCAUGUUUCACGGGACGAAUACCCUCGAGGAAACGGCAUUAGGCGUGGAUUUGACCUUCAACUGCUCGAAACCCUUCAUCGCCACCGGCGCCAUGCGUCCCGACACGUACAUCUCGCCGGACGGACGUUCCAACUUCUACCAGGCGGUCGCGGCGGCCGCGUCGCCCUCCUCGCGAGACCGCGGCGGACUCAUCGCCUUCAACGAUAGGCUGACCGAGUUCCUCUCACAAUUCAGAAUAACCUCCAUCUACUACUCGACCAAGGUCAACGCCAACACGCCGGACACCUUCAAGGCCCUCGAGCAGGGCAACCUCGGCGCCUUCCUCGCCGGACAGCCGUACUACUUCUUCGACGCCGCGUACCCCACCGGCCGGCCCUACUUCGACGUGAGCGGCACGACGGAGCUCCCCGCCGUCAUCAUCGUCUACGGCCACCAGGGUUUCGACGCAUCCUUGAUGUACGCCGCCGUCCAAAACGGAGCAAAGGGCCUGGUGAUCAUGGGACCCGGCGCGGCUUCCGUGAGCCCCGGCGCCAGCGCUGCGGCCGCCGAUCUCCUCGAGCAGCAGGGGAUCCCCACGGUUGCCGUCGCCCGUCCGGUUACCGGCUCCGGUGUUCCCAGUCCUAUUCCCGGAACUCUCAUCUAUUCUAGUUACGUCGGAGCUGAGCAGGCGCGGAUCAUGCUGCAGCUGGCUAUUAAUGCGGGAUACAGCCUCGACGAAAUUCGCGAUCUGUUCGAAAGUCCUCUGAGAAAGGCAGUCUACGGAACGGCAGCGAGCCAAAAGGCUUACUAUUCCACCUAA